UCUGGUGAACCUGACAGUGUAGUUGCUCGUAGGGGCUGGGGAUUCCCUCGGAUUUGGAGUUUGUUUUCCUGGAAGCGUGUGACGUGUGGGGCCAGAUAAGGGUGCUGUCCCUCUCUGCAGACGGGUCUCUGGAAACCAGGUGGCUGGUCCUGUCCGUGCCCCAGCAGAGGGAAGCCGAGGCGACGUCUCAGUGCUGCGUGCCCUGUGCCACUCGUGGGACGGCUGGGCAGCUGCUCUAACCACCUCGGCCCUGGAGGCAGGAGCUAAGGGUCCUGGCGGGUUGGAGCGGCUUGCGUAACGCUGCGCCACGCCAAGUGGCAGCCUGAGAUCUGGCCAGCCCUGUGGCCGUCCCCCACAGCAUGGUUGCUGGCAGCUGGCAGCCCAGCUGGCCCGUUUGCCAGAGGACUGGCCUCCGAUGGCCGGGUCCAGGAGGCCUCUCCCGCCAGUGAGCCUCAAGCGUCGCCAGGCCGUGCCCCGUGGACAGUCAAGCUCAGCAGUGACUGGGGCGGGGGGGGGGUAUACCUGGAUCCGCAGGGUCUCAGCAUUGUUGGCCACGGCAUGGCCAGGUUGCCGGGCGGAAGCCUGGGGCCGCGCUCCCUGGGGCCGUGCUGCCUGGGGAGGGGGCACGUCCAUCUCCCACAAGGGUGUUAGCCUGCAGCCUGCUGGUCGCUGCAGUGUGCGGUGGUGUGAGGAGCUGCCAGGACCCGUCGUCCAGAGAUUUUGUGGCCAGACACACAGCCUGUGGGUGUGGGGAGAUGGAGGCCGGGCCCAGGGUUCUGUGGGGUUGGGCCCUUUGCUCCCCUCCCGUAAAUGUUUAGAGAGGCUUGGGUCCCACCGGUAAAUGUUGGAAAAUGCAUCGUGGUGAGCGGGGCUCGGGGCGGAGGGAUGGGUGACCCACUGGACCUACUGGCACAUUCUUCCAGGGCAUCACCAGGGGCCGUGGCGGGGGUUGCGGGAAACCAGGGUAUUGGGGAGUGUGUACGUGUGGCGACAUCAGAGAAUCACGGGCUCUUGGCCCUGAGGGGGCCUCAGUGGCCUUCCUGCCUGACCCCUCCCAGUCCAGGCGCCCACCCCAGGGAGCCCAAGGGGACCUGGGUCCCAGCCAUCUCAGGGCUCAGGCUCCUCUGCUCCCUGGGGACAGAGUGAGUCUGGCCAGGCCGAGUGCAGGGAGGGUGAGGGCGGGGCUAACCCAGACCUGUGACCCCGCCCCCGUGGGAGGGAGGCUGAGACCGCGUUGGCUCCCCCUUGCCCGCUGUCACACAGACUUCCCAAGACAGCGCAGGACGCUUCCUGUGAAGUUUCUCUAGUACUUUGGCAGCCUGGUGUGAAGUGGAUCGAUGGGGCUGCUCUCCUGGGCCGGCUCGGGAACCUGAGGCGGCGGCCCUAGCUCAGUGGCCGACGUGGCUUCCUGUUUCUGUUUCGGUGUGGGCCUUGCAUCAGUGGAGCGCCUUCGUCUGUGAAGGGGGAAGGAGGCGGCCCUGGGGGUGGUGAGGCCAGGCCUCGCACGUCGCUGCCGGGAGCCGCCGCCCAGCCAUGGAGGGGCGGCAGGAGCCGCCGCCCGGCGAGGCUGACGCGGAGCCCGUCGUGACCUCAGGGGGUGCGGAGGUGGUGCCCAGAGCACUCCCCGGAGAACCCCAGGACCUGUCCGACGUGGACGCUUUCAACCUGCUCCUGGAGAUGAAGCUGAAGAGGCGGCGAGAGCGGCCCGACCUGCCGCGCACGGUGACCGAGCUGGUGGCCGAGGACGGGAGCCGGGUGUACGUGGUGGGCACGGCCCACUUCAGCGACGACAGCAGGAAGGACGUGGUGAAGACCAUCCGGGAGGUGCAGCCCGACGUGGUGGUGGUGGAGCUCUGCCAGUACCGCGUGUCCAUGCUGAAGAUGGACGAGCCCACGCUACUGCGUGAGGCCAAGGAGAUCAGCCUGGAGAAGCUGCAGCAGGCCGUCAGGCAGAACGGGGUCAUGUCGGGACUGAUGCAGAUGCUGCUACUGAAGGUGUCGGCCCACAUCACCGAGCAGCUGGGCAUGGCCCCUGGCGGCGAGUUCAGGGAGGCCUUCAAAGAGGCCAGCAAGGUGCCUUUCUGCAAGUUCCACCUGGGUGACCGGCCCAUCCCCGUCACCUUCAAGAGGGCCAUCGCCGCCCUCUCCUUCUGGCAGAAGGUCAAGCUGGCCUGGGGUCUGUGUUUCCUGUCGGACCCGAUCAGCAAGGAUGACGUGGAGCGCUGCAAGCAGAAGGACCUGCUGGAGCAGAUGAUGGCCGAGAUGGUCGGCGAGUUCCCCGACCUGCACCGCACCAUCGUGUCUGAGCGCGACGUCUACCUGACCUACAUGCUGAGGCAGGCGGCCCGGCGCCUGGAGCUGCCGCGCGCCUCUGAUGCUGAGCCCAGGAAGUGCGUCCCCUCCGUGGUGGUGGGUGUGGUGGGCAUGGGCCACGUCCCCGGCAUCGAGAAGAACUGGACCACGGACCUCAACAUCCAGGAGAUCAUGACCGUCCCCCCGCCGUCCAUCUCCGGCAGAGUGUCCCGCCUGGCCGUGAAGGCCGCCUUCUUGGGCCUGCUGGGUUACGGCCUGUACUGGAUGGGGCGCCGCGCCACCAGCCUGGUCCUGUCCCUGCCCGCCGCCCAGCACUGCCUGCAGAGGGCCUCCGGGGCCUGGCCUCACAAGUAGGAAGGACAGAGGGAACCACCGCGGCUGUCUGGGGGUCCGUCCGGGCUGGGCUGCUCCCGUGUCAGAGCCGAGGGGCGUGGGGGCCGGCCCCCCGAGGAGCUCCUGGGUGCCACCCCCCGUGGGGGUCCCGGCCCAGCCUCGCCUGCCCUCCCGCACCCCGCCCAAAUAAAGAAUUAUUUCAUUGUCUGAGCUCGGGCUUCCCAGCAGCCCCUUCCCUACGGGGGGCCCCUCCCUGCAGGCGUGAGGACGUUCCCAGGACGAGCGGGCAGGGGAGGGGCCGAGGCACGGUGGGCUGCAGCCGCCGGCCCCUGCCUCACUGUGCCUUCUCUUCAGGGGCAGGGCGUCCUGCGGGGUUCCGGCCAGCGCCCGGGGAGGGCAGCGUGGCCGUGCGGCCCCUCGCGGGCUCCUUGGGGGCGGCCCCGGGUGGGCGCCAGCAGCAGCGCUGCCUGCAGAGGUUGUGUGGUUUUGGCUUUUAAAGAUGUCUGAGACGUUUUUACUCAGGUAAUUUUAACUUAAAACAAACUGAAGCAAAUGUCAGGAAAUACGAGCCUUAAAUUUGGUUGGGACAAAGAGAACAUCUUUCUCUUGGAGUCUUGGUCCCAGGAGGAUGAGCACGUGGCAGGGGUCAGCCUUGGCCGUGGGCAGCCAGGCCGGCCUGCAGGCGCUGCCUGUCCAGGUGCCCCCUGGCUCUACCUCCAGCCGGGGGGUGGGCCCAAGGCGCCGCCCUCUCGGGGGUGAGCCUGCCUGGGCAGUGGGCAGUUGAACCUGCUUCCUGUGCAGUGGUGGAAGGACCUGGGGGUUACCCCGGCCCUCCGUGGAUGGACGGCCAGUGUCCACCGGGGCCCGCCAGCCUGCACAGGAACUACCUUGGGGGCGGCCGGGCCUGAGGUCAAGCUGCCCCACACAGCACUUGCCCCUGGUCACCCGUCCACGUAGUCUCCUGGUCACCUGUCUUCUGUGUAGCAUCUGUGCAUCCCGUCUGGGGCCCAGGGCCACGUUUAUUUGUGUUUGUGUUGAUUCAGUGUCUAAAUCAGGUGAAACCCACGGCCACAAGCUGGGCCAGGGAGCCUCGGGCUGGGCCGUGUCCUUGUCAUUCACACACGUGUGUACACGUCCCUUAGAAACUGAAAUAAAAUCUAAUUUUGGAA